AUGACCGGUAUUAUGUUGAAAUGUCUUUCCUUGGCGCUCUUUAUUUGCGGGUACAAAGUACUGGCCGACCUACGAGUUGAGGGGGUCCAGGAGGACUUUGAUUCCAUGGACAGUGACAGCGCUUCAACCCUGGCCUUUGUGUUCGAUGUUACCGGCUCAAUGUACGACGACCUCAAACAGGUAAUAGAGGGCGCUUCUCGGAUCCUGGAAAAGACCCUCAACCGGAGGACCAGACCCAUCAAAAACUUUGUCCUCGUCCCGUUUCACGACCCAGGUAAAAAAAAAUAGAAGAUGAAAAGUUGCAGAACCCUAAUUAUUUCUUACAAGAGUAAUACAUUUAGCAUUUUUUAAAGACAAAUGACAAUAGGCCUAUAUUAUUUCCAUUAAACAAUUGACAUUAAACAAUUGAUUUCAGUAUCCUGCAUUUCACUCAAUACAUUAAUUAUCUUAAUAUUUACUAGCCAAUCUGAGGUUGGUUUUCGUAUUUAACUGGAAGCAAACUACAAAUUACAGAUGUUUAUGGCUCUGUUUCAAGAUAAACACAUUAGAAAAAUAAGACACUAAUUGGGUCCUUCCACGAAAUGAGUACCUUUUGCAUCCCUUUGAUAUUUUAAUUAUAAAUUGUGCACCAAGAUAUAUAUAUAUAUAUUUUAAAGCCUGCUAUAUUCAAUGAAGUUCCCUUUAAUAUAGACCACAUGGAGAAUUCAAUAAAUCAGAUUUGUAUAUGAAUAAAGACUUGGCAAAGUGCCAAAAUACCACAACGAUUUUGACCCAAUUAACCAAGUUUUCGCCAUCAUUGUAAAGUCCUAGUCAUUUUGUUGCUUUGACAAAGUCAUUUCUGGAGAUUGUUUUUUUAAAAAUGUGAGUAGUGAUUCAUUUUAACAAAAAAAAAAACCUGUCCCUCAUUUUAAGGUCAACCCUGUUCUGUGAACUGAACUCUUGUUUUAAUAUUUUGAAACUAUUCCUUUUAAAAUCUAUUUUUCAAAAGAAACAUUGAACAUCUAAUAGUCAAAUCAUAAUGUAAAAGCAAGUGAGCUGGUUCUACUCUUUUUGGCAAUUUUCUGGUGUUUUGUGGUGGAAAAUCGAGUGGGUCGAGCAUAACAUGUCAAUCCUGUUACCCAUAGAUAAACAAGCUAGAUGUAUUUUAAUGAUGCAUUUUUUUUUUUGUGACGCUUACAUUCAAUUGCCCCUCCCUGUUGCACACAACAAGCUUCAAUUUCCCCUGUCACAAGGGGAUUUAUGGCUGAUUAAAGAUUAAAUCGUCAACCCUGUUAUGGUCAACCCUGUCACUUUAUUUGGCACUUUUAUUUGGCACUUUAUUUAACCCCUUGAGAUGGUAAAGCAGGUUUUGUAUUAAGUUGAACAUGUGCUCCCUAUGACAGAAUGUUAGAAUGAGGUGAAAUCAACAACAACAAAAUCACCAAGUUACACAUCUCAAAAGGCACGACUUGGUGGAACAACCCAACUACAUUUGAGUUAGGUUACAGUUAGUGUGCUUAAACAUGACUCACACAGAGGACAGGAUAACUGCGCUAACGGGGAUGUGGCAACAGGUAAGCUUCAUUCCCCAAGCGUCCCUCUUCCACUCUCCCUCUAUGGGAAAGCUGGAGUUUGAAAAUAGAGAGUGCCCUAAUGGGGGAGGGUGUUUGAGCCCUGAUGAGAAGCAUAUGCUGCUUGCUUGUGCGUAAUUACCCCAAUCACCCCCCAUCAACCCCUCCGGAAAGCCUACCAGCCCCAGUAACCAAGCCUGGGUCUAAGGGCUGGAAGUUGGGAGGGGGGAUGUUGUGCUCGGCUAGCUACACUAACGCCACACAUUCUGUCUUUGAGGACCUUGUAAACCUCCUGAGAUUGCAAAUAAACUGGGUGAUUGACAAAGAGGCGUGACAGUGUCCAUGUUUUAUGGACUCUUAUGAGUGAAGUGGGGACAAAGAUUUUAAAAGCCUGACAAGAAAAAGACAGUGGGAGAGCGAGAGAGUGAUCAAGAAAUAAUCACCAGGCAGUCUGACACGUCCAUGUAUUAUCAAUGUCUAUUGUAAUAGUUAUAUUUAGUAAGCAAGGCUUGCAAUUUGAUGGCAAAGCUUGAAGCAGACAUGCCGCAUGCACGCACACACACACACACACACAAACAGACAGACACACACACACACACACAUUGGCCCCACCCCAAACUACCAGGCCCAUCCCUCACACUAGAGUGAAAGACUGUUCUAUAUGGCAACCUAUUCUCUAUCACAAACAAUAUAUUCUCUGUUUGUCGGUUAAUGUUUACUGCUACAUCGAUCAGCCCUUGAAGGAGUCCAAAUAAGUGUCAGAUCUUAGCAGGCUGUUAUUUGUCAUCCUGGGGUACACUGCAUCAUGAUAGGGGACCAGGUCACCCAACAGAGAGUAUUAAAGGUCCAAUGCAGGUGUUUUUAUCUCAAUAUCAAAUCAUUACUGUGAUUGUUUUCAAUUAAAAUGGUAAAAAAUAAACAAAAAUAUCUUCUUAGCAAAGAGCAAUUUCUCAAGCAAGAAUUUAGCUAGGACUGUCUGGGACUUGUCUGAGUGGGGAGGGGAAAACUAAAAACUAGCUGUUAUUGGCAGAGAGGUUUGAAACUCUCUUUCUUAUUGGUCUACUAACUAAUUAACUAAUUUACUGCCUGGUGAUGUCAUCAGGCAGGCCAAAACUCCAUCCCACCAAAACAGACUGAAAUUUCAGGCGGUCUUUUCAAACAGCUCCAACACUAAAAGGGCAUUAUCAUAAUUUUCACAGUAUUAUUCCAGCCUCACGUUUUUGACUUUCAUUUAUCCAGGUAAGUUGACUGAGAACACAUGCUCAUUUACAGCAACCACCUGGGGAAUAGUUACAGGGGAUAGGAAUUAGCCAAUUGGAAGCUGGGGAUGAUUAAUAAGUGCCAUGGGAUCUUUUAGUGACCACAGAAAGUCAGGACACCCAUUUAACGUCCGAAAGAUGGCACCCUACACAGGGCAAUGUCCCCAAUCACUUCCCUGGGGCAUUGGAAUCUAUUUUUUUGACCAGAGGAAAGAGUGCCUCCUACUGGCCCUCCAACACCACUUCCAGCAGCAUCUGGUCUCCCAUCCAGGACCAACCCUGCUUAGCUUCAGUGGCAAGCCAGCAGUGGGAUGCAGGGUGGUGUGUUGUUUGACUGCACUGGCCCUUUAACUUCAGCACUAAACACAACUAAUGAUUACUCAGUCAUCAUGGGCUUUUUGACCCAGAGAUGGCACAAUAAUAAUAACGGGUGGCAGGUAGCUUAGUGGUUAAGAGCAUUGUGCCAGUAACCGAAAGGUCGCUGGUUCUAAUCCCCGAGCCGACUAGGUGAAAGAUCUGUGGAUGUGCCCUUGAGCAAGGCACUUAACCCUAAUUGCUCCUGUAAGUCGCUCUGGAUAAGAGCGUCUGCUAAAUGACUUAUUAUUAUUAUAAUACCACCACAGACAUGCUAUAUUAUUAUAUAAUCUAGCAUGUAUGUGAUAUUUAAUUGUCCACCACUAAUAAAUUAGGGUACUACAGGCAUUCUUUAUGAGGGAGCAGCAUGGACUACCAUUUAACCAUGGACGAUCAUCCAGCACCCUAUAAUUAUUCAGUGCAACUGACCUAUCUUUUUAUCUUUCAUAUUCGGCUUUUAUUGAUUGGCCUUUGAUUAUCCAGCCAUUCGUCAUGUAUAAUGUUAAUAGCAUCCACAUGAUGUGUUCUCCUAGAGAUUGGCCCUGUGUCCAUCACCACUGACCCAAAGAAGUUCCAGCAGGAUCUGCAGGAGCUGUUUGUCCAGGUGUGUACCAGAACCAAAGCCUGUUACAACGUUAGAGCUAUACCAUCUCCGCCAGAACAUCUGUCAGACUCCAUAGGAUAGGCUGUACAUGCUUGAUAUCAAUCUGUAGACCAGAAAAGAGGUAGGCUAUGUAGGAUCUGUACAAUAGAAAUGCAGACUACUUAGAAUUUGAAGACCAUAGUUUCAAUAAGAUUAUGGUUAGGCUACAUAGCACAGCACAGGUCUAUGCAUAGUGAUGUAUUGCCUGUUCCUAUUGAGGCCCUCAGUGAUGGCUUUGGAUCAAUGGUCUGUGUGUUGUCUUCUCUCAGGGAGGUGGAGACUGUCCAGAGAUGAGUAUAGGAGCCAUAAAGAAGGCCCUGGAGGUGUCUCUACCAAGCUCCUUUAUCUACGUGUUCACUGACGCCAGGGCCAAGGACUACCACCUCAAACGGGACGUGCUGCAGCUGGUGCAGCUCCGACAGUCACAGGUAAUGAUUGAUUGCAAUGUAUGAUUACAAUAAUCUCAGUAUAAGUUAAGUAAUAAUAACCUUCCAAUCAUGUCCUCUGUGUGCACCCAGGUUGUGUUUGUGCUGACUGGGGACUGUGGAGACCGCUCUCAGCCUGGGUACAGAGCCUAUGAGGAGAUCGCUGCCACCAGCUCUGGACAGAUCUUUCACCUGAACAAGCAGCAGGUCAAUGAGGUGAGAAUCAGAAGCGGAGAGUCAUCAAACUAAUUUAUAUUAUUUUCAAGCAUGCUGAGUCAACAGUGAGGAGCUGAGGCACCACAUUCACACCCCCAACAGAAAACAGUCCUCUCAACCUGGGCCCGAGUGUGGAUAGUGGCUGGAGUGCCUUUAUGUUUUAAUGUGACCCAUUAUAUCUUUAAUAUAUCAUGCUCUUCUCUCCACUCAUUUAGCAUGGAUCCACAUGGAGAACUACUACCAUAUUUCAGAUGCGUUUACAACCAGUGGGAUUGUAACUCCUAGGUGGCAUGUUAUUACUAAAUUAAUGUAAAUCCUUUAAUCCUUAGAAACCGCAUGAGUACCUCAAAUCUAACUAACAUCGUCCCCCUUAAUAUGAGUUUAAUAAACUGCUGCCAAAUCAAAUAUACACAGUCUUUUGUGGUAUCGGGGGGAGAUGUGGAGAAAAACAGACUGCUUAUAUUUUACUCUCUAAUCCCAGGAUAUGAUCUGUCAUGGCUUCCCUCUCCCUCUCCAACACAGCUGCCCACUGGAGCUGACUCCAAGUCCACACACAACAACUUAUUGUGAAACCUUGUGUGUGACACUCCUUCAACUCUUAAGACUUAACUUGUUGUGAUCACUGGAGCAAUCUGCCAAACAAUCCCGAGCUUGGGCAGAAAAAGAACACUAAUGCGUUGUCUAAAGCUUUGAUUCUGGUCCUAAUGGUCACGGAGGCCAUCCUCAGUUCUCAGUGUGUGAAGGAUGUGAGAGGGCUGAGAACCUGGCCAAGAGAAAUCAUUCUAGGCUCUGGAAGGUUUCAUCCUUGCACUGAUCCAUACGUAUGGAGGAUGUCUGUUCUGUUGCCUCAGCCUAGACUCAAUAAGGAUGAUAAAGAGACAGGACAGGCCAUGAGCUCAUGUGUUAUUGCUGUCCCUCUAUAAUCUACUGUAGACUGUCUAUGAUCACCUUGGCAGUAGCCUGGCCAAUGCAUGUUUGUGUCUCUGUGUUUCAAAUCCACACCAGUGGAGGCUGCUGAGGGGAGGAUGGCUUAUAAUAAUGUCUGGAAUGGAGCGAAUGGAAUGGCAUCAAACACAUGGGAACCAUUCCGUUCCAGCCAUUACCACAAGCCCGUUCUCCCCAAUGAAGGUGCCACCAACCUCCUGUGAUCCACACGCACUCCUCACUGAAAUAGCAGGACUUCCUUCCAUAAAAUAACCACUGGUAAUAUUGGCCUAAUUAUUUCCUUAUCAGGUGGGCCCAGUAGUGAGUUAAAGGGACAGGAGUGUUUGUGAAAAUAUAAAUGAAAUCCAGUUAACCUGUAUCCUCUGUCAUGUUCCUGAGGUUAGUGAACAAAACCAUUCUCUGUGGUCUAGACCUGCUCUCAGAGACAGGAAGACAGAUGUGCUAAACUGUUGUCUGGGGGAAAGGCAAGGCAGGUGUUUUGACAUUCCCAUCCAAUAGGAGAACGGGGGUCCAUCUGGGACUGAUCUGGCCUAAUAGCCUGGUUCCUGGCACCCCGUCUCUUCCCUCACCGCAAUGGUGGUGGUGUCUUAACCCCAGAGCAGGAGCUUGGUGACCCCUGUCUGCAAGGAGGGCUGUAGUCUGUAGGUUCCCCAACCACGAUGGGAGAAACCAUCAGUCAGGCGGUCUACUGGGAGGGUUCAAAGGGGUGUGAGGAGGAGGAAUCCCUGUAGACAACCACCAAGCUGGAGGAAGAAAAGAAUAGUGCAUCUCCUCAGCAUUAGCUGACCUUCCUCUGCCCACCCUCCUGUCUCAAUUCCUAGAAUAGCGGAGAUGCUUCUUCCUGACACACCGGCAUGUGCCUGUUUAGCCAAGACACAGUGGAUGAGGUUUCAAAGACCUGUAGAUUCUCCAUGGCCCAGGCAGGGAGCAGCUGUAGCAGCAGCAUCAGAACACAGCAUUUUCCUUGAGACACACCUUGGCCAGACCAGACAGCAGCAGGUCUGUCAAUGUGUCUCUGAGUCUCCAUGUCCCUUUGUCUAAGGCUGUGGGGAGAUGAAUGUCUCUGAUUCUCCAUGUCCCUUUAUCUAAGGCUGUGGGGAGAUGAAUGUCUCUGAUUCUCCAUGUCCCUUUAUCUAAGGCUGUGGGGAGAUGAAUGUCUCUGAUUCUCCAUGUCCCUUUAUCUAAGGCUGUGGGGAGAUGAAUGUCUAAAAGUCUCCAUGUCCUUUUGUCUAAGGCUGUGGGGAGAUGAAUGUCUACUCUGUGUCCUCCCUGGGUGCUGGAGAUGAAAUAGACACCGGUUUGUGGAAGAUGUAGGUCACUCUACAGCAGUUUCCUGCUCUGCUGGGGAUGGCUGCACAUGUGGCAGACCGUACAGCUGUUUCCAGUUGUAAACUCUGAGAGGAACCAGCAGCUGAGAGCACCCAGUGGGCCGGUACACCGAGAGGGGAGGCCUGCUAAUUAAAUGAUCAAAGGCUUUGCUCACUCCAAUCUUCUCCAUUAUUCCUAAAUAUAUGAAGAUGUGUUGAAUAAGCCCCUUUUCUCAGAGGGGCCACUGAAGCAAUCUUUUCAGUUUGUUUUAUUAUAGACACAAUGCAACCAUAAUGUCUGCCCUCACGAUUGUGGGGUCAAAACAAAUACAAGACCACAGUUGCUUGUUAAGCACUUAAAAGAUGGAAAAAAGGAUGGUCCAGUCAGUGAAAUGAAUGAGACACAGUUACACAACAGGUUAUGCUCUUCUUUUCCUGUAAAGGAGAAAGGACACAGGUUGUUUUUCUUCGGAAUCUUAACCAUCAGCAUGAUUUCACCCACAGGGUUGAAAACCUAAACAUAAAAAUUCUAGCUGUAAAUAUUCUACAGUAAUAGUCAUGGGGGAAAAGUAUACUCAGUGAUGUUUACUACUGGAAUUGAAAACAAUCAAGCCACCCAGGGUUAUUUCAGUCUCAGCAGAAGCCAUACAUUGGGUCAUCUUUAAAGAUAAUUACAUUUACAUUUUAGUCAUUUAGCAGAUAAUAAAGAUAAUAGCCCUCAUUUUAGAGUGAAGCCGCCACAAUCCCAUCAACUCCAGACCAGACAAGUCCUCUCAGGCCACAUCUGCUAUUUAAAGCCCAACCAAUUUGACAGAUAACACAGAGUAAAAAGGUUUAGCCAUUUCUAGCCUUAAUUGCAGAAAACUGUAUGUUAUCUUUUUGACAGUUGAGCUGUUUCACUUUCCUUUUGUUUAUGGAAGAUCCCUUUGAGACAUACUUUGGCAAUGGAAGAAUGGUCCAAAGACAAAGACCAGCUUGCAGUGUUAAAGCAGACAAUUUCAGAAUCAGAGAUGGGUCAUGAGGCCACAUGCACAUCCUUCCUGUCCUUUCUCUCUGAUUGGGUUUCCAGUAGAGGUCUUUGCCAGAAUGUCUAUAUAGUCUAGUCUAGUGUAACAGGUUCCAGACCACACCUGUCUAGUUUGUCCUCUAGCUGUGUGCUGUGUGAGGUGUGCUGCUAUCUUGCUGAGAUGAUGUCUUCUCUCCUGCCAGGUCUUGAAGUGGGUGGAAGAAACAGUACAGGCCCUGAAGGUCCACCUGCUCUCCUCCAACCAUGACAGCGCUCAGGAGAACCAGUGGGAGGUGCCCUUUGACCCCAGCCUGAAGGAGGUCACUGUGUCACUUAGUGGGCCAGCCCCUCAGAUUAAGCUCAGGGAUCCCCUUGGUACAUUAUGCUUUCAUUAUGUAUUCUCGCUGUAUAGAUAUCAAAUAACGUUGUCACUACUUGAGAAUAAUACUAUAUAUCCAUUUAGCUGAACAUCAAAUGCUAUUUCACAUUUUGAAAUUACAUUGUUAUGUGUUUCAAUUGCUUAGGUCGCAUUGUUGGAGUAGAGCAGGGCCUCACAGAGCUACUGAAUAUCCCAAACUCAGCCCGUGUUGUCAACCUGAAGUUCCCCCGACCUGGAGCCUGGACUCUGAAGGUACUGUACUGUAGAUCCUGCUGACAUGGUUGUGAUCAUCCUGCAGUGAGAAUGAGAUAACUGCUUUAGUCGCCUCUGAUGCACAAAACAACAACUGAAUGUCCCCUUUCUAUGUCCAGGUGGGCUGCGGUGGCCGCCACACUCUGAGAGUUACAGGGGUCAGCAAUCUGGACUUCCGGGCUGGGUUCUCCAGUAUACCAGUGUCUGAGUUCAACUAUACCAGGGAGAGACCCAUCAAAGGUAAUGUGUACAAGCAAUUUUACAUCUUUGUAUGUAUAUGUGAUUGCUUUGAAUAACAUUUGGCUUUCCCCCCCUUCCAUAGGAGUUCCAGCCCAUGUGUUGCUGAAGUGUACAGGACUGAAGCCCCCAGGUCAGCUGAGUCACAUGGAGUUAGUGUCAGGUUCAGGACGCUCCCUACGCACCCUCCCUGUGCCUCUGCCCUCUGACAGGGGCAGCCGAGGACUCUGGAGUGUCCCAGAAUUUCGCACUCCUUCCCAAAGCUUCUUCCUCAAGGUGACAGGGAAGGAUGAGGAAGGUAACCGCUUCCAAAGGUUGUCCAGUGUCUCCUACACAAACAUCAUCCCAGGUAAGAGACCCCUCUCCUCAGUCUCCAUCCUAGUGUCUCACAGACAGCCCCAGUCCUUUGUGUGACCUCUUCCCUGCUCUCCUUUUUGUCUUGAAACAGAUCCCCCAGCGGUGAGCAUGCCCAAUGUGGUUAACAGCUUUUAUAUGCAGCCCGCUAUGAUUGGCUGUUCGGUAGAGAGCGAUGUUCCCUAUAGACUGAGGUUCACCCGGAGUGGAGUGUCUCUUGGAGAGGAAAAGUUGUUCCAGUGAGUGUCUGUCCCUUCUGUUCGUUGAACACACUAUAUGACACUUGACUUGCCCUCCUUUUGGGUGAUACUGCCAAAUGCACGCAAUACCCUGUGAAACAGCUGAUUAGGUCAUGGGGUAUGACACAGUGCACUGUUAGCAGUUACCAGCUCUGCAAGACAUUAGUGCCGAUCGACUCUGUUGCCUUUCAUUGGUGCAUCAAUCAGGAGACGGGUAUACACAGUAGAUUUUGUGUACAUUACGCAUUCAAUUGUGUCAUCUUGGAAAGUUAACAAAGCAUUAUUAUCUCUCUCUGUUUACAUUUUUAGCAGACGCUCUUAUCCAGAGCGACUUACAGUUAGUGAGUGCAUACAUUUUCAUACUGGUCCCCCGUGGGAAUCGAACCCACAACCCUGGCGUUGCAAGCGCCAUGCUCUACCAACUGUGCUACAUGGGACUACAGUGUUCUGACACUGUUUUGAAUUACAUACAUGAAAUAAUGCCGACCUCUGGUGAGAGGUAUUCACUGUGUCUCUGUGCCAGAGAGGCUGUAAGAUAGUAUCGUGUUCCCAUCAUCACUCACCUGCCAGCUAACUGUUCAUGUGUCUCAGGUUCUCUGGCAAAGCAUCAUGGGAGAUUCCGCAUGCCUCAGGUGAGGAUGAGGGUCCGUACGAGUGCAUCGCUCAGAGCAGCGCAGGACUGGGACGAGCCCUCACACAGCUGACUGUGAGAGGUAUGUCAGAAGAACAAACACACACCACUUAGCUAGUCAAAGCUUUGAAAACCAUUCCAAAAUACUUAUCAUAUUUAUAUAUUGCUUAUAUAAAUUCCACUGAUAUAAAACAUGUAAUUCAAAAUGUUUACAUUGACAGUAUACUAUGUCUGUACUGUUUAGUCCCUGCUGAUAGUGUGUUGUUUGUCUCACUGUGUUGAUUCUGUGUUUCCCAUGAGACAGAGCCUCCUCCAGUGCUGAAGGCCCCAGUGAACGUGAGCUCUACUGUGGGGGCCGUUGCUGUGCUGGCCUGCCAGGUGGAGGGCUCCAUGCGCCACAACCUGACCUGGCAGCGGGCAGGCCUCACUAUCCUGGCCCGCUCCGGGAGGGUAAGGGUCUUGCCCAACUCCUUCCUGGAGAUCAGUGGGGUGCGGCCCCAGGACGCCGGCCAGUACCAGUGUGUGGCCACCAACGCCCAUGGAGACAGUCGAGUCACAGUGUGGCUGCUCGUCCCAGGUACUGUAGCUCACCGCACCCCAAUUGCAACGCACCGGUUAUCUGCUUAAACACUUAACACACCAGGGCCUCCUCCAUACCUCUUCCAGGCCUCUGGCAUCUGCUUUUCAUUACUGCCUUAGUAGAAGGACUUAUCCACUUCUCCAGAAACGCUCCCAGUCAGAACAUGUUUCAAAUCAGCCCAAUUGAUGCAAGUUGAAAAUUGCGGCUUCUAUCAUGGGCAUGGCCUCAGACUCUUGUAAUACGUCUGAAAACGACCAAACAAAUUUUGAAACAUGUCUCUGACUGUGAUCCGCUGUGAUCAUGACGUCAGGCCCUCCCUGUUAAUCCUGCUCUGCCCCCAGACUAGCAGAGGUUUACCACAGUUUAGCCAUGAUCACCGCUGCCUGUAAUAAAUGACUUAUCAUAAAGCCAUGACUGGGACAUGAGUCAUCAGCUCUUUCCUAUGGAUCUUCUCUGUCUCUGUAGAGGCCCCUUCUGUGGUAGUCAGCCCCCAGAGCCAAGCCUUCUCCAGGGGGUCUGAGGUCCGCCUCAUCUGCACAGUGUCUGGCUCCCCCACUCCACAGCUCUUCUGGAGUCAUGGAAACAUCUUCCUCACUAAUCAGCCAAGGUAAAGGAACUCUCAGCCCACUCAACACCUACACGACAGCAGCUGCAGAGACUUGUUUGAUUCUAUUUUAAAAGCCUACUAUGAAUAUACAAAUGUCACAUCUCGUUUGCUUCAUUUUAUAGUUACAUCUAACCACAAAAUGAUAUUAUUCCAGAUUGUUUGUACAUUUACAUUAUAUGGCUGCCAAUAAAUACAUUUUCAAAAGAGAUAUGCCUCAAACGAUCCAAACUGUUCUUUGGACAGCUAGUGAUGAAUUUCAUCGAGACAUCUGUAUUUGUAAUCAUCUAAAUCAACAAACAUGAAUUCCCAUGACUGAUGACUGUCUUACAUGAUACAGGAUGAAUAUAUCCAAACAUGGCGGCCUAACAAUCAGAGAUGCCCUCCCUGAGGAUGCUGGGAACUACACAUGUCUUGCGACAAAUGAGGCUGGAACUGCUAAACAGACUGUGUCUCUCAAUUAUACAGGUGGGUAGAGAUGUCUAUAUAGUCCCAGUCCUAUCAUAGGUUGAGUGAGACAGCUCUAUAAAGGCUAUGACAGGUGCUCUCUAGACUAGUUCAACUCAAGAUUAUUCUAUCUUCUGUUCCCCAGGCAUACAUUUUCAGAGUUCAGAGUUCGGUCACUUUUGUAUGGUUUAUGUGUUAGAAAACUUUGUUGAGUGCUGUUUGAAUGAAUUUCUACCUGAUCCAUGGUGUUUGGGCUAUGUUGUCUAGCUGUGAGUAGAGCUCAGAUUGACAGUGGCAUAUUUCCCCCUGUCUUGCUCAGCGGGUUAAAACUUCCCUGUGUGGGCAGAGUUAACAGUCAUCAGGAUGUAUUUUUAGCAUUGCUGUCAGUGAGUGCUUGACAGAGGGCACAGCGCUGAUGGACCAUGGCAGCUUCUCUCUGGUGUGUACUUGUAUUAUGCUCACUUUUGUCUGGGAGUGUCAUUUUUAACAACACUGAUCUGUCAAGACACCAUCAUGCUGGCUCUGGCUGGAUGCAUCGUCUCAUCCUUUCAGCUGUCUCUCUCUCUCUCGACUACUGUAGCGUCUGUCUCUGUCACGUCUCCGCUGACGUACAAGGCAUGUGAAAUGUCAGGCAGCGAUACUUCUAUUUUUACCUCCUGCCUGGGCCGCUGCCCAGUCAAUUUACAAAAUUAAUUUCACAUGACUUUGCUAUUCUGAUCAUGUAUAACAUUGUAAACUUGUUUGCCGAUUUGGUAGAUAAUAAACAUGUUUUGAUCAUGUUUAUUAUUUAAGCUCUAUCUUGGUUCCCCCUCCCUCCCUACAGAGGAACCCAGUAUCUGGGUGGUGAAACAGGUUGUGAUGGUGGCAGUUGGAGGUGAUGCAACUCUGGCGUGCCGGGCAACAGGUGUCCCCCCUCCUCUGGUCAAAUGGUCCAAAGGUAAAUACUGACACUGAGUGAUUCGUUGUGAUACUUGUUAGGUUGAUAUUUGCAUUCAUUAAUAAGUCACUGUGUCUGUGUGUCAUUUUCUUGUUUUUUCUCAGGUGAUCUGCAGGUGGGCUUAGUUCCUUUUGCUGAGCAGGACGUGCAUCGUGGGACGCUGCAGAUCCGAGGGGUGCAGGAGAAGGAUGCCGGGGAGUACAGCUGUGUGGCCAGAAACCCUGCUGGAACCUCUUCUGCUACCGUUAUUCUGGAGGUCGGAGGUGAGGGCAGACAUUUUAGCCUUACUGAAUUAAUGCCACUUUCAGGUAACCAGUAAUAACGGUAAGGCAUUGCACCCUUAAUAUAAACCAAGUAGUUGUAAUACAGACUAUUUAUGUAUUUUAUGUAGAGUAGUUCUCUAUCCUUUUCAUACACUCUAUUUGAAUAUAGAGAACUUCAUACUGAUCUCCCUACUCUUUCUCCCACAGCGGCCCCUCUGUUCUCAGAAACCCCCGUUGACAUGAUGGCGGAUGUGGGGGAGAAUGUCACGCUGCACUGUGUCGCCCAUGGUUUCCCGUUGCCCAAAGUCACCUGGCAUCGAGAGGAUGGGAGACCGAUUCUCACUAAAGCAGACAGCAGCGGUAGCCAGGUGCAACUAGAAAAAGGGCAUCUGCUGAUCCAGAGUGAGUCUUAUGUCCCUUUCCCACUAUUGUUCUUUACAAUAUUUCACUACCCCGCUAUUGAAUUCCAUACCAAAGCAGCAGGCACCAAAGAGACCACAACCUCCAUUGGCGCCAAGUGUGUGACUGGCAUGGCUGACAUUCUUUGGGUUCAUAAAUAUAGAAGAGGUGAAGCCCCUCAGAUCAGAUUCAGUAAACGUUUUCUUAAGAGAGUGAGCGUAACAGGAUACAGCUGGCACUGCUGAAUGAACAGAGUGUCUCCCCUUUCUCCCCCAGUGAGGGGAACUGAGGCACUUUGAGGGCCUUAGAGAACUGACAGAGAUUUCCAUGUUAAAUCAGGGUUGAGUCGAGUUUAACUGUAUGCUGUGGUUAUAAUAUCUUUUUGACCAUGACUUUAGCCUUGGCCAGGAAGGAAGGGGGGGAAAGAGGGAGAGAGAGAUUGAUAUAUCCACAGCUUAGAUCCUCAAUAUUUAUAGGCUGUUCUUUUUUAUUGGGGAGGGAGAAACAGUAGUAUUUGAAUGGAGAAGUGGACUUCCAUCACUCGCCCCAUCUGUCUACAUACUGACCUGAUUUGCUUAAACGGCAGCAGAUGCUUCUGUCUUUACCUGGCGUUGUUUAUAGUAAGAGAGUCCAGUGUCCUAUUAAUGAAUGGGUCAGAUACUGCAUGUAGGCUAAAUAUUGUACAUGCAUGAACCACAUCACUUUCACUGUUUACUCUUCACAUGGGUUAACAUCAGCCAUGUAGACACUGGCAUUUGAAUCAUGUUUUCAUCUGUCAUCAUGUCGUCUAAGUAGAAUAUACUGUGUAAGACAUGUUGUAUAGGCAGCUGUACUACUUUGCACCUAAUUGUAUUUAUCAGUUUUCAAUUAACCCUAAUGACAUUAUAAUUAAACCAAGACAAUGCCAGUAGACGGUUGAAACAAAGUUGAUGAAAAUUAUUUCUUGUUAGUAUGCACUUAUCAACUCUAAAUACAGCACUUCCACAUGUUACCUUUCUCAUACUGAGGUUUGCAUGGAGAUAUAUUUCCAUCCUAUAGAGUGAAAUCUGUAUAUAUCUUUGGUCAUGAUAACAGUAUUCUCCCCCCGCUUUACAUUGGUCCACAGGUGUCUGGUUGGAUGAUGAAGGCGUGUAUGUCUGUGAGGCCAAGAACCAGUUUGGAACCAUCAGGACUGAGGCCAGAGUCAGUGUCAGUGGACUGGGUAUGAACUAGUUUUUUUGUUCAGUCUUACCUUUCUCGACUGAUAGAUAACACCAGUAUCCAUUGCUGCCUCUCCCCAUAAUAGUUUCAGUUUGAUCCUACAUUAUUUUUUCAGCUGCUGCUUUGCAUCUCUGUCUGUCUGCUCAUGUAACGAUAUCCCCCCACUCUGUCCAACAGAGCCCCCUUUUUUGGCACAUGGUGCCCCAGUCAUCACCACUGGGAUUGGUCAGUCUCUGAGCAUUCCUUGCAUGCUAUUGGAUGGAAUACCCCUGCCAGAGAGACACUGGACCCACAAUGGAAACCAAGUGAGGAUGACCUGUCCCAAAUAAUCUUACAAUCUUACUACCUCUUACAAUGUGUGUUUAUCAUUGUCUAAUUGAAUCCAUUGCUGUUCCCUAGCUGCGGUUGAGUGGCAGGACGUUCCUGAGGAGCGAUGGUAGCCUGUACAUAGAGAGGGCACUCCCAGAGGAUGCUGGGAUGUAUGUUUGCACUGCGGUGAACGUAGCGGGGUCGGUCAACAUAUCUGUCAGCCUGGAAGUCCAUGGUGAGAGGAGAUAAGAUUUACAGAAUGGUCAAUACAGGGCUAUAGCAGAUCCUCUAGUGUCAUGCAGGUUGACGUUUAUUGUUAUAAGUCUUGGCCUGGAGGCAGAACUGAGCUAGAUGGGCCAGCUGCAAAGUCAAAAUUGUCUUAAUUUAAGGUUAGAGUUAGGCAUUAGGCUUAGCAGUGUGGUUAAGGUUAGGGUUAAGGUUAGGGUUAGGUUUAAAAUUCAUGACUUUGUGGCUGUGCCAGUUAGUGACCACUCUGCAGAGCUGCCUCCAGUACAUGAGUCAUCCCAAUAAAUGCCAAUCUGUUAUAGUCAUGGGGUCAUUUAAUGAUCUUAAGAACAUGCUGACUAUUAGUAUGGGAAAAAACCUCUGAGUAACUUGAUCACCCUGCAGUGUUAUAGUUAAGAGUGAUUCAUCAACUGCAUACAUUGAUGAACAGUCAUUUUGUCCAUAGACAAUAAUGACAGACACACAGAUUAGGGUUCAUCAACAAGUUGUAAUGAAGAAAUUCCUUGAAGGCUGAUGCUGUGAGCUAAAUCCAGUGAUAAUUCUGCCUCCAUGGUUGUCCAUGCUCAGUAGACAGCUGUGACCUACUUUCCCAGUGCCCCCAGAGAUCAGCGCUGGUCCAUACCACUACAUAGCCAAUGAGGGUGUGGCCAUCACCCUGUCAUGUGAAUCCAGUGGAGUUCCCAAGCCAACUAUUGUCUGGUCCAAGGUAGGAUGUUAUGCUUUCUGCUCGGAAGCUACUUUUUCUCUAAUGAUGGUUUUGGCUCCAUCUCUCGAAACACAUAUGACAAAUGGCCCGUGACAAAUCGCAUAAUUUAGCACAAGGGAAUCUAGUGGGGAUUAUAAUCACAGCCCAUCCGUCUUAAGAUGAAUGGCCACUAACAUCAUGUUAAUAACCUUUAAACUAAUGUAACACUUGUUUAUAUAUUAUACGGCUGCCUGUGUCAUGGAACGUUUUUUCACAGCCUCGUUCCAUACAUUCUCAGAUUAGUGCACUAGAGUCAACCAAAUAUAUAUUCUUGUCAGAUGAAAGUGAGUCUGCAAAAGCCAUCUUGUGUUCAAAAGGGAAGUGUGUGUGUGUGUGUGUGUGUGAGAGAGAGAGAGAGAGAGAGAGAGCGAGACAGAGAGAGCAUCCAUUUGGUUUAGUUUGGGAAGGGGGCUCGGCUCUGUAAUUAUAGCAAGUUGGGCUUUGAACCUUUGGCCUAGAUAUGUGUCCCAGUGCAGUUGAGUGUGUAUCUGGGCCCGGGCCUCACUCUGCCUGCUCUGCCCCCAGGGAAGGGAGCCCCUGCCCAGGGACAUGUCCUCUGCCCAGUCAGACACUGAUGGUUACCUCCACAUCCUCAACCCCACUGCAGAGGAUGCAGGCAUAUAUAUCUGCACAGCCACCAGUGCAGUGGGCUACGCCAGCCGUGAGAUCCAGCUUAGUGUCAACAGUAAGAACUGCAAAUGUACUUUCUGCAAAGGCUGUCCAGUGUUAAUGGUCUCUCUUCAAAGUGUUUCAUUGAUAGAGGAAGUACAGUGUAAAAUAUAUAAUGUUUACUUUUUCCCCAGCCAAGCCUAAGAUCGUAGGUGUGAGCAGUCAGGAGAACACAGUUAAGAUGGCUGCCGAGGUGGGCUCUGAGGUCAUCCUCCCCUGUGAGGUCCAGGGCAGGCCCUCUCCCCUGGUCACAUGGAGCAGGAACGGCCAGCCCAUCCCUCCAGUCACUGCCUGGUAAGAGGAAGUCCCAUCUCCAAGUACUGAUCACAUAAGAAUGUAGCAGUGAAAAUGGUAAAUAGGCAAUAAAGGGCAAGUUUCUCACCAUACCAAGGCGAUUACCUUACCUCUGACUUAACUAACCAACUCCUUUUACAAGGGAUGUUGAUUGAAGCCGGCUGCUAUCCAAAGCAGCCAUUAACGGUUGAGGCAUAACAACUUCUCUGAGGAAUAACAUCUGGUUCCACACAUGCCUGGGUCUAUGGUCGCUCGGUACAGACUUCACUGUCUGGUGGUGUCUGUCUGUAGGGCACAGACUGGAGACUUACUGGCAAUGACCAGUCCCUAUGUUUCUGGAGGAACUGAGCGACAGUGUUGAAAGCUGUGGUUGUGGUAGAAUGAGGAUGAUUCAUGUGGGGCCAGGAAGGAGGGAGGGAGGAGAGGGGGAGGAGAGGCGGAGGGGUGUGCUGACAGGAAGAAGGGAGGAACACUGACGGAAGAAGAGACAGAAAUAAAGCCUGUUUGAUAUUUGGUUCCCCUGUGGAUCUCUUGCCAUAAAAGAGCAUGUUGACUCUUUACUCUCUACCAGCCCUGGCUGUCUGAUGAGAAUAACACACGUCCACCAACAACCCCCUUUGCCUUCAGCUACUGGAGCAGACAGAUGCAUUCUCUCCAUCAGGGAGUCUAUUUACCCCCCAUCCCCUGGCCCAGCCGGUAUGAGCAUGGGGGAGCUGAUUGUUGGAAUAACUCAGUCAGUGGGUGUUCUGAGUGUCUGCUGCCGUUGCCCUGUUCUCUUCCACCUCCUCCACCACAGGCCCCAACACUGCAGACAGAGAGAGCUAGCACAGCUGGAGAGGAGAGGAGCACUAGCCCACACUGUGUCAGUUAGGGAGGCUGGGGAGCUGCACUCAGACCUCUCUAGCCCAAUUUGUUCCAGUCAGCCUGUGGACACAGAUGAGUGUACACCACAGUGGGGAGUGAUGUGGGGAGAUGGAUGGGGCUGUGUGUUGGGUCCAUGUCUCCAGUGUGUGCUCGGCUCCCUGCUCUCUGCUAAGGUGACUUAGAGACUGACUGCUGAGCCAGUCAUUCCGUUUCAAUGAUGUAUGCUACUGGUUGGAUUUGAAGCAGUAGGGGGGCAGAGCGUUACGGCAACAUGUGCAGUGUUGAAGAGGAGUCUUUGUGGUUCCAGAUCCUUUCCACUUAAGCGAACUACAUUUUAGUUGCUUAGCAGACACACUUAUCCCAGAUAAAUCUCACAGCACUGUUUACAUUUGUGCAUAUUAUCAAUUUCUGCAGCUGGGUAGGUUAAAGCAAAUAUAGUUAUGACAUUCUGCUGGGGAUUUCAGUUCAGUUGAGAAGUUUAGUUACUAUUAUGCAAUAUCAAUGGUAUUAUAACAGCCAGAACUACACAGGCAUGCACGCACACGUGUACACACACACACACUCGCAUAUAUUCACAAAAACACAAACAGGGUUGCAGAUAUUCAGUGUGACUCCUGACAGUGUUAUCCCCAGCCUGACCUCUGACCUCUUUCCAUGUCCAGGUUCACCGUGCUGCCUUCUGGCUCUCUGAAGAUCACUGAUGUCCAACUGGUUGAUAGUAAACUUUACACAUGCUCGGCAAAAAACCCAGCAGGCAACGUGUCCAUCAACUACAAUUUACACAUACAAGGUACCUCCUUAUGGAUAGUCACUUUGUAGGUACUACGUGAACUUAAAAUCUGAGAACCUGUUUCACUUCACUGUUCAAGAUGCUGUCAUGCAUCUAAGACCCAAUAUGCUAAACAGGCAAAUAGAUAUCAUGAGAAACAAACCUUGUUUGUUCGUUUCCCAGCUAAGCCCAAGAUCCAGACAGCUCCGUCCCUGCUGAAGGCUCUGAUAGGCCAGACAGUGGUUCUGCCAUGUGUGGUUCAGGGAGAGCCCAGCCCUGAGAUCAGCUGGUUCCACAACGGACGUCCUGUCGGGGCCAGGGACACUGCAGCCCUCAGGAUCCACAGGGCCAGCCUCACAGACCAGGGCACCUACAGCUGUGUGGCCAAGAACACUGCUGGACAGGACACCAUGGAGGUCAAACUGGAGGUGCUAGGUGAGUCUCUAACUUGAGGGAUCUGAUUAAUCAAUGUGAUGCAGCUUUUCUCUUUCCCAAUACUUUACAACCAUGUAUCCUUUCGUCAACUGAUAACACCCCUUACCAUUAGCACUGAAAACUAACUGAGCCAAACCAUUACAUGGUGAAAGAAGUUCACACAGCAAGAACUGUAAUAGUAUACGUAGAGCAGAUACCUCAAGGUUUACGUGAGAGUAGUGCUGAGCGAUUAACAUUUUUACAUUUUAGUCAUUUAGCAGACACUCUUAUCCAGAGUGACUUACAGUUAGUGAGUGCAUACAUUUUCAUACUGAUGUUAACCAACAUUUAAACAACUAAUUGACUGACUUCGGUUCAAUUAUUUGAAUUACAUUUUUUUUUUCUGUGAGCUCAAUGCACACAUUGCACAGUUUCUCUAGAGAUAAAUCAAAUAAAGCCCGAACUGUGUGAUGUAGUAGGGAGUUGUAGUUUCCAACAGGCCAAUAUUCUAGAUAAUUUAGCGCAGAAAACGUGGUAAUUAACUACAAUGACCAAAAUCCAUUGCGCACCUACUUGUCAGGUCUGUGUUUCUUUUAUGCCUGCUACAUAAAAGAAAGAGACAGUAGAAUGCACGAUCGAGAGAGAUAGAGAACAGUUGCUUCGCGACGUAUCUCUACCUGGAAAUACAUGAUCUAAGUGAUUGAUAGAUGGUAUUCAGCAGUCAUAAAAGUAUGACUUAUUUACUUUGAAGAACUACUAAAAUAGUGAUUUUGUCAGACAGUAUAGACAGCAGCUCUAUAGAGAGAUGAUUACUUUGAAUGAAAUAAUAAAGUCAUCAAAUAAAACAAACGUAAUAUACACAACAAUUGAAAUAAAGUAAAGUAAUGUAAUGUGAAUAAAUGAUGGUUAAUAGGUCUAAGUGGUAAGCAGUACCUAACAUCAUGGACUUGUAUUAAUUGUUUUGUUCUGUGUUGUUACAGCAUUCAACCAACAUAAUGCAUACUGCUUAAUGUUUAAAAAAUAUAUCAAAACCGAAAUCGAAAAUAUAAUGGAACCGAAACCGAAUCGACCUCAAAAAGCACUAAUCGCUCAGCACUACAUGAGAGCAAACUCUGUCCCAGUUUAAAGACAGAAUAGACAAGGACAGUAGUCUUUAGAGGUGCUUUCUCUGGAAGCAGCACCAUAUGGUCAGAUUGCAAGCAGCCCUAUAAACCCCAUUCUAGUUGACCAGUGCAUGGAUCAGUCUGUUAGUGUUAGGGGGUUGAUUGAGGUGCUCUUUGACCUUAGAGGUCAAAGUUAGCUGAGGGAAGGAUUAGAGGAAGCCAGAACUGGAGGUUAACGAGUGAGUAGAGGGUAUAGGAGACAUGACCCACAUUGUCACAGGCCAAUAGCACAACAUCUUCACCCCACACCUAGGAUUAACCCUCACAGUGUCUUACCCUAAUGCUACUCUAGCGGAACCUUCAAACGAAAACUAAGCCUAAAUCUUGUAAAGAUCUCAACCUAACUUUUACACUUAUGAUUUACAGUAGAAUGUACAUAACUCAUGAUGCUAAAUAAACACUUUACACUAUAUAUACAAAAGUAUAUGGACACCCUUCAAAUUAGUGGAUUCGGCUAUUUCAGCCACACCCGUUGGUGACAGGUGUAUAAAAUCUAGCACACAGCCAUGCAAUCUCCAUAGACAAACUUUGGCAGUAGAAUGGCCUAACUGAAGAACUCAGUGACUUUCAAUGUGGCACCGUCAUAGGAUGCCACCUUUCCAAUAAGUCAGUUCUUCAUAUUUCUGCCCUGCUAGAGCUUCCCCAGUCAACUGUAAGUGCUGUUAUUGUGAAAAGGAAACGUCUAGGAGCAACAACGGCUCAGCUGCAAAGUGGUAGGCCACACAAGCUCACAGAACGGGACCGGCGAGUGCUGAAGCGCGUAGCGCGUAAAAAUAAUCUGUCCUCGGUUGCAACACUCACUACCAAAUUCCAAACUGCCUCUGGAAGCAAUGUCAGCACAAUAACUGUUCGUCGGGAGCUUCAUGAAAUGGGUUUCCAUGGCCGAGCAGCCGCACACAAGCCUAAGAUCACCAUGUGCAAUGCCAAGAGUUGGCUGGAGUGGUGUAAAGCUCGCCGCCAUUGGACUCUGGAGCAGUGGAAACGUGUUUGAAUCUGGGUUUGCCGGAUGCCAGGAGAAUGCUACCUGCCCCAAUGCAUAGUGCCAACUGUAAAGUUUGGUGGAGGAGGAAUAAUGGUCUGGGGCUGUUUUUCAUGGUUCAGGCCCCUUAGUUCCAGUGAAGGGAAAUCUUAACGCUACAACAUCCAAUUACAUUCUAGACGAUUCUGUGCUUCCAACUUUGUGGCAACAGUUUGGGGAAGGCCCUUUCCUGUUUCAGCAUGACAAUGCCCCUGUGCACAAAGCGAGGUCCAUACAGCAAUGGUUUGUCAAGAUUGGUGUGGAAGAACUUGACUGGCCUGCACAGAGCCCUGAUCUCAACCCCAUCGAACACCUUUGGGAUGAAUUGGAACCCUGACUGCGAGCAAGUCCUAAUCGCCCAACAUCAGUGCUCGACCUCACUAAUGCUCUUGCGGCUGAAUGGAAGCAAGUCCCCGCAGCAAUGUUCCAACAUCUAGUGGAAAGCCUUCCCAGAAGAGUGGAGGCUGUUAUAGCAGCAAAGGGGGCACCAACUCCAUAUUAAUGCCCAUGAUUUUGGAAUGAGAUGUUCGACUAGCAGGUGUCCACAUACCUUUGGUCAUAUAGUGUAUCUUAUUCCCUAUGCUGUCAUAAUGCUAUAUCCUUUAUCGGUUCCACAGAGGCCCCGUCCUUCGCAGAGGCUGGAGAUGCCAUCAUGGACAAAGUGGCUAACAGCAAGGUCACCAUUCCCUGCCCUGCUGAAGGUAGGAUAAGAUUUAUGAUGUACAGUAUGUCAGUUUUCCGGGAAACAGAUACGUGAUAGAGGGAAAAAUACAGUGUAAGUCUGGUGUCAGACAAAACACACAAUAAACACAGCCUGACCAAAGCAAACAGAUCCGGUGAAUCUUUUUUCAGGUAUGUUUAGAUGAAACCGUUUUGUUUCAUCAUUCCCAAAGCUAGCUCCAUAUGAAAUGUAGGACAAAGGUGUGGACUUAUCUAGUUACCUUCAAAGCAUUGCUCUGCUAUCUCCAGAGGCUUUCAUUUGUCGGUGGAAACAAAUGUGUGUUUCAAUACCCCUGCUAUCCUAAUGGUGUGCUUUGAUUAAUGUGUAUACUGUUUCUGUCUCUAUUUUAGCAUCUAGGCAAAGGGGGAGGUAGCACACAAAAUGGCUGAGAAAGGGUGUAUGUGUGUGUGUGUGUAUGUGUGUGUGUGUGCAUUCUUUCUUAUGCGUGGGCCCAUUGAGCUUCUUGUUGACAGGGCAUUUAAAUAGGUGUUGUUUGUAUGGAGCCGUGCCAUGGUAACGGGGCAUGUUUGAGAAGGUGAGGAGUAGGCUAAUGCGGACACAACAACAGCUGGAACAUCAUUCUGCCUGCUGCCUCAGCGGGCCACAUCUGCUUUCCUCUCCACUCUGCGAGGGGGCCUGCUGGGAGAGGAAUCCUAAUUACAGGCUGCUGCUGCCAGAUAAUGGACAGAGAUGUCUGGGGUGCUCUUCCACUGAGGAGGCUGGCUCCACUGGGCCUCCCUGUAGAGCCCACACUGUCACUGUUACAGGGCCCUCACAGCGAUGCUCACUGGCAGCCACAGCUCCAGGCAGCAGCACUAGGAGUCUGGCCAAGGAAACUAGGAAACAAUAGCUUUUUCAUCCCCCAUUGUAUCAUAGAAAUGUGUCUGUCUGUGUGAAUGUUGGAUGGCAAGAUGAAAGGAGAUUCUGCCAUCAGGAAAUUAUUAUGUUUUACCAACAGGAACACUUAAUGCCUCGUAAUAGUGGAAGUACUUGUUUAAAAAUACACAUGAAAGAGAUAAUCGAAGGAAGCGUAGUUAACUCAUGCAGAUAAAUACAAGAAACAGGUUUUAAUUAGAUAUUUUUACAUCUAAACAGAACAUCUGUAUGCAUUUCUUCCCAGCAAUGAGAUUAUACAUUUGAGUCAGUGCUCUAACGUGUAAACAUGUGCUCCGCGUGGGACCAGGUGAAAACAUUACCUUUGGUUCCUCUCUGUGGUUCCUCUCUGUCCCCUUAGUAUUUGGACGGGGGAUGAAAUAUGUGUUUAGUUUCCAGUACAGCCUUCUCUCUCUCUGGUGUUUGGAUAUGUUCUGUAAAUAGAGAUGGGACAGGGAUUUACUUCCUUCUCUGCUCUUAAUGCAAAAAGCUGGACUGGAUGUCCACACUGCGAUGUAUGUCCUGUCCUAUUUACUAAGAGAGACCUCAGACUGGGUUAUAUCGGGUACAGGUGCGCCCUCCUAACCCCACUCCGUCCCUUGCUCCACCUCUAACUCCAUCCCAGACUCCUUCCCCUGCUCCCGGCCCUUUUCCCCAUUGUAAAGCUCCAAACACAUCUGUUUCAGAUGCCUAUACAUCACAUCAAGGCUUAGAACUUCUGGCCCAACCACUAUUCUUACUGUCCAGGGUCCUCAAGCUAUGAUUCUGGUAGUAAAUCACGACACUAACACUUUAAAUCAGGCAUCUACCAAUAUAUUGUGUUUGCCGUUUAUGUGCUACUUUCUAACCUUGAAGUAUCCCAGCCCACCGAUAGGGCUGUCAAUCUCUAUCUGUCCUGCUGUCCAACAGAUAAAUGUAGGGCCUGCUUUUUCCAGUCUGGGACACUUUCCCAUUCAGCCCUCCUGUAGGGGGGCGCAGACAGAAGUAACUUUUAUUUCUGUCACCACCCUCUCUGUUAUCUUUACACCGGCAGGCUCACCUCCUCCCAAGGUACGCUGGUUCAAGAACGGCCUGGAGAUACACCCUGACCAAUCAGAGCUCUCUGUGGCACACGACGGCUCUCUUGUGAUUGGUUCAGCAUCUGCCAGUCACAGCGGGGACUUCACAUGUGUGGCCAGCAAUGAUGCAGGCUCUGUUGAGCGGAAGACCCGGCUGAAAGUGCAUGGUGAGACCUUAUCAACUCCAUCUUUAUCCAGAACUGAUGUCAGUUCAGAUAACAAUAAAAUGUCUUAACAAGGGGACUUCUAGAUGAUGUCUGUCUCCCGUACUCCUCCAGUUCCCCCUGAGUUCCAGGAUGAUGGACAGCCCCUGAACCUGACUGUCACCCUGAAGCAGCCCCUCACUCUGGGCUGUGAUGUCAUUGGUAUCCCCUCCCCCACAAUCACCUGGACUAAAGACGGGCAGAAUGUGAGUCACCUACCAGACAUUCAAAUACACGUCUUAAAUUUUUUUUUUUUUUUUUUUUUUACGUUUAGGUUGUAUGGGUGACCAUACUUCUACUGAUACCUGUCGAUGACAACCAUGUUAUUUGUAUCUAGCAACACAGUGUCACCAAGUGGUCAUUUAGAUUAUCACAGUCCAAUAUUGAUCAUACAGUAACAAGCACUUACAAUGUAUGUCUGGCUGCGUAUAGGUGGUGGACUCCCCUGGAGUGUAUCUACAGAAUGGGAAGAGACUUCUUAGAAUCUACCGGGUCCAGACAGAGCACGGUGGCCAGUUCAGCUGCACAGCUAGUAACACAGCCGGGCAGGCCCGAAAGGACUACAACAUUGUUGUACAAGGUGAGCCUUCAUAGUGCUUAAAAUCAAGUUGGGGUCCUACCUGUCCCAUUGAUUUUACAUUUAAAGUCAGUUGUGUAAAGUACUUAAGUAAAAAUACUUUAAAGUACUACUUAAGUCGUUUUUCUUUAUAUCUGUACUCUACUUUACUAUGUAUAUUUUUGACAACUUUUCCUUUUACCUCACUACAUUCCUAAAGAAAAUAAUGUAGUUUUUACUCCAUACAUUUUCCCUGACACCCAAAAGUACAUUUUGAAUGCUUAGCAGGACAAAAAAAUUGCCAAAUUCACGCACUUAUCAAGAGAACAUCCCUGGUCAUCCCUACUGCCUCUGAUCUGGCGGACUCACUAAACACACAUGCUUCACUUGUAAAUUAUGUCUGAGUGUUGGAGUGUGCCUCUGGCUAUCCGUCAAUUUUAAAAACAAUAAAAUGGUGCUGUCUGGUUUACUUAAUAUAAGGAACUUGAAAUGAUUUAUACUUUUACUUUUGAUACUUAAGUAUAUGUUAGCAAUUCCAGGUCUAAGUUUGAGUUGCAUCCUAUCAUGGCCUAACUUCUCUAUGUGUGUGUGUGUGUUUGUGUGUGUGUGUGUGUGUGUGUGUGUGUGUGUGUGUGUGUGUGCGUGAGUCAGCCCCACCAGUGAUCGCGGGGAUGUCCAGGGUGCAGGACCUGUCAGUGGUGUCAGGACAGGAGGUGGAGUUCCAGUGUCGGGUCAGUGGGCGCCCAGCCCCCAAAGUGGAAUGGAGCCGGGAUGGAGAGUGAGUCUUCCCUAACAUUGACACUUGUCCAUAUAGCUACUACCCAUCUCAUUCAAUUGUUUAUUCACACUCAUAUACAGAUGUAGGAUGUCAAUAUGAUCACUCUUUUGUUGCUGAUAAUUUUCCUGCAUGGAGGAAAUGCAAACUUGUAGUGUAUUUCAGUUUUUAAAAGGCUUCUAAAGUUUGUAAUUUCCACUUUGAAAUUUCAGACUUGAUUUGCCCAAAAUAAAAAUGUAUCAGACCCAACAAAAAUGCCCAUUAAUUAUAAUCCACAUAAUAAUACACAUUUCCUGUUGCUGCAGGAUUAUUUUCCUGCUGUAGCAAAGUCGCUCAAAUUAAGAUCCUACAUCUGUACAUACAUCAUGUGUCAGAUAUAACUUUUUGUCUGUGGAUUAGCCUAGUCAAUACACUGUCAGGCUUUGGAGUACUGAUCCCUUUCCCUCCUCUCCAGGGUGCUGUCCAAGGAUGGGGACCCCCAUGUGGAAUUCCAUGAGCAAGGCCAGGUGAUGAAGGUGAAGGCAGUCAGACUGAGGGACCAGGGCUUGUACCAGUGUCUGGCCAGUAACAGCGCUGGGACACAGAUGCGCCAGUUCAGACUCACUGUGCAAGGUACUGUUCCCUCUCUCAUGUUUCCUUCUCAAUAUCCUCAUUCUAACAACACAAACUUCCUUCUGCAUAUCAGAAAUAAUCACAAUGUUUAUCAAUGAAGCAGAUUCACCUUCUAUACUACAGAAUAACUUGAGAAAGUCACCUUUCUCUCUUCUCACUCUCAUCCUCUCUCCUCCUGUUUUUCCAGCUCCUCCCACCAUCAGGGGCCCCAGUGAGACCUCAGAGGUGUCUGUGGUGUUGGGUUUCCCCACAGUUCUGCCCUGUGAUGUAGAAGGUUCUCCCAUGCCCAGUAUCACCUGGCUGAAGGACAACCAGCCCAUCGUGUCCAGUGCGCAGCUCACCUACACCCGGGGUGGGCAGGCGCUGCGGCUGGGGGCAGCACAGGGAGACAGUGCCGGUCUCUACACCUGCCGAGCCUCAAACCCUGCAGGCACCACUCUUAAACACUACUCACUCAGUGUGCUGGGUAAGGGAACCAGACAAGGAGAGGGUUGAUUCUGGUGUAUGUAAUUAACAGUAGUCUAACAUCAUUAUAAUUCAAUGUAAAUACAGGAGAGGAUUUUGACUGCCUGUUUGAUUUGAUCAGUUCCACCGCAGAUUGAAGGGGACUCUACAUCUCUGAGUUUCGGCGGCCAAGAUGAGAAAGUCCGGAUCAACGGCUCAUUAACCCUGUCCUGUCUGGCUAAAGGCUUCCCUGAACCCAAGACCGAGUGGUUCAAAGAUGGACAGGUUGGUUUGUGUUUCUAUCUAGCUACUGUAUUUCACAUAAGUUCAUUUAGCGUCAUAGAUGUCUAUUUCUGCUUAUUAGAAUAUAUAUUUUUGUUGUUGUUGCUGUUUCUAGUUGUUGACUAGGAACUCUCACACUGGUAUCCGUGAGAGUGGUCGCCUUCUUCACAUAGACAAUGCCAUGCUCUCCCAUGAGGGACAAUACACCUGUGUGGUCAUCAACACUGCAGGAGAGGACAAGAGAGACUUCCACGUCACUAUUCAGGGUGAGUGUCCACGUAUGGGAUUCAAACUGUCUGCCUUUGGCAAAAUUAGUUCAUUCACACUAUGCAACCUAAUCUCACUGCACUCUUGUGAUACUAACUGAACAUUCGUUCUCUCUCUCUCUCUCCAGUUCCUCCCAUCUUCCAUCGGGUGAGUAACGGUGCAGCAGCCUGGGGUCUGGGAGGAGAGGAGGAAGAGGGAGGGGACAGAGAUGAUGAGAUGACAGAGAGAAGGGAGGUGGUCCUGGGGCAUUCCAUCAGCCUGUCCUGUGAGAGUAACGCCAUCCCCCCGCCCCGUCUCAGCUGGUACAGAGAGGGACGCAAGCUCUCCACCGCUGAUGGAGUGGUACUGCUGCCAGGUGAGAGGGGGUCCAUGCCCUCUAGGUCUAGGUCUACGAUAUCCAACCGGUACAACUACCAGUAUGGCAUUACUGCAGCAUCAGCUCCACUGUGAUCCAAUAGGAUGCUCUGUUAUGUUGUCCUCUAGGUGGGCAGGUACUCCAGAUUCCACGGGUCCAGCAGGAGGAUGCUGGGAAAUAUACGUGUCAGGCGGUGAACGAGGCAGGGGAGGACCGCAUGCACUUUGACCUGGAGGUGCUGGGUAGGCACGCUUUGUUACUACUCCCUGUCAUUCUGUCAUUCUUAUUAUUCAAUUAUGGUCCUCAUACUGUCAAAAGCCUUAAUGCCUAAACCUGGAAAACGUUGUUGUCAUUUCCUAAUGUUUUUCUCUGUUGGCGUCCUGUUUGCCCAGUCCCCCCAGUGAUAACGGGCCAGUUGGAUGAGUUCAUGGAGGAGAUAGGAGCGGUGGUGAACAGUACCGUAGCUCUCCACUGUGACGUGACAGGUCACCCAGCACCAGCCAUCUCCUGGCUGAGGGACGGCACACCGCUGCCCUCCGGACAACACCACAUCAUCAGUGAGGACGGGAGACAACUACAGGUCAGAAUCCCAUAGACCAAAGCACUGCACUGCCUAUUACAGUAUCAGGGCUUCACUUGGAAUAGAAUGGCCCCUGUCCUGCGCUGGUGUCACUAAUGUGAUCAAUAUACAGCUCUCUGUCUCAGGGUGCAGGUCUAUAAUGUUAUGUUAUUAAUUAUUCUGUCUUUCAGAUCCUCAGUGUGCAGGUGUCAGACAUGGCCGGCUAUGUUUGUGUGGCUGAGAACAAGGUUGGAGCAGUGGAAAAGCUUUUCAGUCUGACUGUGCAAGGUGAGAUGGAGCCCACAAGUACAAACAUCUAUUAAAAUACCACAUCAAGCGGGUUCCUUCAAUUCACACAGGAAGGACAGAGAUAUCCUGUGAAUGUGUGUAAGUGUUAGCUGAGUGUGAGCUGAUAUAUUCCUGUUCCUCUCCAGUUCCCCCAAGGAUGGUAGCUGGCAGGGAGGAGGAGGUGAGUGUGAUCGAGGGUCACAUGGUGUCCCUGCUGUGUGACGUCCAGGCGUACCCUCCUCCAGAGAUCACAUGGACCAGAGACGGACAGGUCCUCCAGUUCAGCACAGGCAUCCACAUCCUGCCAGGUCAGAGCUGGCUCCUGAACACACUGCCCAGAGCCCAUAACACACUCCAUAACUCACUGUGUACUCAAUCCAACCAUACACAAUAAACACAUAGCAAUUCACAAUGCAUUUUGUCUGUGAUUUGCCUACUGUCUACUGUCUUUCUGCUGUUCUCUGCUGACUUCCUCUGAUACCUGCCAUCUGGUUUACUGUACUGUCAUUCUGAUGAAUUCACUGAACAUAAACUAUGCAUUCUGAACUAUGUAUUGUUGUCUGUACUGUAGGAGGUCAGAUGCUGCAGCUGCCCCGGGCCAGACUAGAGGAUGCAGGACAGUACGUGUGCACUGCCACCAACUCAGCAGGCCAGGACCAGAAGAGCAUCCUGCUCAGUGUCUACGGUGAGAAACAUUAUAGUACUGUGCUGCCCUCAUCAGUGUCACACUUCACCUGCUACAAUAUCUGGAUUAGCACUUAAAUAUUGGCUAUUUUAUUCCUGCCUUGGGUUUACAGUCCUGCCCAUGCUGAACCCCCGCCUUGACUCUGAGUCAGAGGUCCUGACCCCUCAGGUGGGGUCAUCUGUCACUCUACGCUGUGAAGCUCGGGGCAUUCCGGCGCCUGAGGUCACAUGGUACAGGAACGGGCUGCAGCUGGCAGCUAGGACUGGACUGAAGGUGGAGCAGCAUCAGCUAGAGAUCAUGGGAGUGCAGGUAAACACACUGUCAUCACCUUCAGUUGUUGCUAUCCUAACUGUUUUAGAAGCGUUAGCACUGAUAACUUUUUUGUAAGUCGCUCUGGAUAAAUAACUGAGGGCAUGAGAUUAACCCUGUUUUAAGCAUCAAAGUGCUUAUAGAGUGUUGUUCUGUUUCAUGCUGACUAUGGUUCGUGGUCCAUAGGUGGCUGAUGGAGGAAUGUACAUCUGCAAGGUGUCCAAUGUGGCUGGACAGGUGGACAGGACCUUCCGCUUGACUGUUCAUGGUGAGACUUGCCUCCCAUGUAACCGCCAAUAGAUUUGUUGUUUCUUACAUAUGGUUAUACUGGCAUAUCAGAUGUCACAGUAUAAUACAUCUCAUUCUUUCUAUUCUGUUCUCCUCCUUAGUGCCCCCUGUCCUGGAUGGACCUCUUCAUGAGUCCUUCACCCAAAACCUGGGCUCCCAUGUCACCUUGCUAUGUGAGGCUACAGGGGUCCCAGUACCCAGUAUUACCUGGCUGAAGGAUGGCACCCCUAUUGGUACGAGGCUGAAGUUUUAUAAAUGAACUGUGACAAAUUCAGUUUUGACAAGAUCACAUUUUGACACUUGUAUUAAUGCAUUUUAAUGAAUGAGACCUCCAGCUGCUGGUUUAGCCUGACCUGUGUUGUUAUUUCUUUCCCAGAGAGCAGUCUGCAGUGGCAGUGGUCAGUACGAGGCAACACGCUGGAGUUGGGUCCUCUGACCCUCUCUCACGCUGGGACCUAUACCUGUGUGGCCAAGAACAGGGAGGGACAGACUCAGAAGGACUACGCUCUCACAGUGCAAGGUAGACUACAGAAUCUCCCACAACAGUGGCAGUCGGUGCCGUUUAAGAUGAGGGAGGUUGAUUUUUAUUUAUGAGCAUGGCCUUAUUUCUAUUACAGCAUAUUGGAUGACUGUCAUUCAUAUUCCAUUCACCCAGUUCAAUGUAACAUCGAUAGAUUUAGGCUACAACAUGAUACUCUAAGUUUCCCUAUACCCAUCAUGAGGUUGCUACAACCUAGCUGUCACGAUCGUUCAUUAACGAGAAGGACCAAGGCGCAGCGUGAUAUGCAUUCAUAUUUAUUUCCGUACUGAACACACGACAAAAUAACAAACGAAACGUGAAGUCCAAGGUAGACAAAUAACAUACCUUUACGGAACAAGAUCCCACAACUGACUGGUGCCAAACGGCUGCCUAAGUAUGGUCCCCAAUCAGAGACAACGAGCUACAACUGCCUCUAAUUGGGAACCACCCUGGCCAACAUAGAUCUAAACGAUCUAGAAACUAAACAUAGAAAUAAACACAACACGAAAUAUACACACCCUGACUCAACAAAUAACCGUCCCCUGAGUCAGGGCGUGACACUAGCCUAUGAAUGAAAGUUUACAAUGUAGGUGCACACAGGUCGAGAGAAAGAUUUGAGGUGACAGACAGUGACACAUGGACAGACAGUAACACAUUCAAUAAUGCCUUGCACACUCCUGCCCGCAUCUAGCUGAUCUAAGUUGUAAUCAUUAGUCCAACAGUUGCAAACGAGAGUUACUAUUGGACAAAUUCAGGUAUGUUUAUCCCCGUUUCAUUCCGUUUGCUUCCGUUUAAGAAACAUUUUUCAACAGAAUCGGCGGAAUGAAUACACCACUGAUCACACGCAGACAGUUCACUUUCAUAGCCAGAUACAAACAACUUGUUGUAUUCCUUCUCAUAUCUACGCGCUCUACUCAUCUCACCUUUUCCCUUCGCUUGUAGACUUCAAUGCACAACACAUCAGCUGUCUGUGACCAGGCGAAAAAACCUUUUCAAGCCAAACCUUUAUAUCAUAACAGAUACACACAGCCUACAUUGUUGUCACCAUAUUAGCUAAAGUAACGUCAUAGUCAACAUACAGUGGGGAAAAAAAGUAUUUAGUCAGCCACCAAUUGUGCAAGUUCUCCCACUUAAAAAGAUGAGAGAGGCCUGUAAUUUUCAUCAUAGGUACACGUCAACUAUGACAGACAAAAUGAGGAAAAAUAAUCCAGAAAAUCACAUUGUAGGAUUUUUUAUGAAUUUAUUUGCAAAUUAUGGUGGAAAAUAAGUAUUUAUUUUUCCCCACUGUAGCUAAUAGAACUAACGCAUUAGUAAACCCACUACAAUCAUGCAGUACAGUCAGUAAGCAAUUAGAAGUUACACGGGCGUGCCCCGGUGGCAAUAAAUUAGUAAAACCAAAAGCUUACCUUGACUUGGAAGAGUUCCAGUGUUGGAUAGACAUAGCCAGCUAGCUAACAUAGUAUGCCUCUCUGUUUGAGCCGGGUGUUUGAGUAGGCUAAACUAGCUAGCUGCAUUUGCUACCUAAGUAAAUGAAAGUGAAAGUUUUUUUUUUUUUUUAAUGUAGAAAUAUACAGUUGAAGUCGGAAGUUUACAUACACCUUAGCCAAAUACAUUUAAACUCAGUUUUUCACAAUUCCUGACAUUUAAUCCUAGUAAAAAUUCCCUGUCUUAGGUCAGUUAGGAUCACUACUUUAUUUUAAGAAUGUGAAAUGUCAGAAUAAUAGUAGAGAGAAUGAUUUAUUUCAGCUUUUAUUUCUUUCAUCACAUUCCCAGUGGGUCAGAAGUUUACAUACACUCAAUUAGUAUUUGGUAGCAUUGCCUUUAAAUUGUUUAACUUGGGUCAAACGUUUCGGGUAGCCUUCCACAAGCUUCCCACAAUAAGUUGGGUGAAUUUUGGCCCAUUCCUCCUGACAGAGCUGGUGUAACUGAGUCAGGUUUGUAGGCCUCCUUGCUCGAAAAUGCUUUUUCAGUUCUGCCAUCAAAUUUUCUUUAGGAUUGAGGUCAGGGCUUUGUGAUGGCCACUCCAAUACCUUGACUUUGUUGUCCUUAAGCCAUUUUGCCACAACUUUGGAAGUAUGCUUGGGGUCAUUGUCCAUUUGGAAGACCCAUUUGCGACCAAGCUUUAACUUCCUGACUGAUGUCUUGAGAUGUUGCUUCAAUAUAUCCACAUAAUCUUCCUUCCUCAUGAUGCCAUCUAUUUUGUGAAGUGCACCAGUCCCUCCUGCAGCAAAGCACCCCCACAGCAUGAUGCUGCCACCCCCGUGCUUCACAGUUGGGAUGGUGUUCUUCGGCUUGCAAGUCAACCCUUUUUUCCUCCAAACAUAACAAUGGUCAUUAUGGCCAAACAGUUCUAUUUUUGUUUCAACAGCCAGAGGACAUUUCUCCAAAAAGUACGAUCUUUGUCCCCAUGUGCAGUUGCAAACCGUAGUUUGGCUGUUUUAUGGCGGUUUUGGAGCAGUGGCUUCUUCAUUGCUGAGCGGCUUUUCAGGUUAUGUUGAUAUAGGACUCGCUUUACUGUGGAUAUAGAUACUUUUGUACCUGUUUCCUCCAGCAUCUUCACAAGGUCCUUUGCUGUUGUUCUAGGAUUGAUUUGCACUUUUCGCACCAAGGUACGUUAAUCUCUAGGAGACAGAACGCGUCUCCUUCCUGAGCGGUAUGACGGCUGCGUGGUCCCAUGGUGUAUAUACUUGCGUACUAUUGUUUGUACAGAUGAACGUGGUACCUUCAGGCAUUUGGAAAUUGCUCCCAAGGAUGAACCAGACUUGUGGAGGUCUACACAUUCUGAGGUCUUGGCUGAUUUCUUUUGAUUUUCCCAUGAUGUCAAGCAAAGAGGCACUGAGUUUGAAGGUAGGCCUUGAAAUACAUCCACAGGUACACCUCCAAUUGACUCAAAUGAUGUCAAUUAGCCUAUCAGAAGCUUCUAAAGCCAUGACAUAAUUUUCUGGAAUUUUCCAAGCUGUUUAAAGGCACAGUCAAUUGAGUGUAUGUAAACUUCUGACCCACUAGAAUUGUGAUACGGUGAAUUAUAAGUGAAAUAAUCUGUCUGUAAACAAUUGUUGGAAAAAUUACUUUUGUCAUGCACAAAGUAGAUGUCCUAACCGACUUGCCAAAACUAUAGUUUGUUAACAAGACAUUUGUGGAGUGGUUGAAGAACGAGUUUUAAUGACUCCAACCUAAGUGUAUGUAAACUUCCGAAUUCAACUGUAGCAAGCUCUCUCUCUCUCUCUCUCUCUCUCUCUCUCUCUCUCUCUCUCUCUCUCUCUCUCUCUCUCUCUCUCUCUCUCUCUCUCUCUCUCUCUCUCUCUCUCUCUCAUUCUCUCUCUCUCUCUCUCUCUUUCUCUCUCUCGCACCUCCAUUUUAUUAAGAGCUUAAUUUGUUCAAAACUGUUCAACUAUUGUCUUUCUCUCUCUUUGAGUCAACUACUCACCACAUUUUAUGCACUGCAGUGCUAGCUAGCUGUAGCUUAUGCAUUCAGUACUAGAGUCAUUCUCUGAUCCUUUGAUUGUGUGGAGAACAUGUCAGUCCAUGCUGCAAGAGCUCUGAUAGGUUGGAGGUUGUCAUAAUUGCUGUGUAAGUCUAUAGACGCGGGUGAGAACCAUGAGCCUUCUUGGUUUUGUAUUGAAGUCAAUGUACCCAGAGGAGGACGGAAGCUAGCUGUCCUCCGGCUACACCAUGGUGCUACCCUACAGAGUGCUGUUGAGGCUACUGUAGACCAUCAGUGCAAAACAGUGUGUUUUAAUCAAUUAUUUGGUGACGUGAAUAUAUUUAGUAUAGUUUUAUCUAAAAGGAUAACUUUUUUAAUGUUUCACUAUUUUUAUUUUUAUUCACUGAGGAGGAUGGUCCUCCCCUUCCUCCUCCGAGGAGCCUCCACUGUCCCACACACUGUAACUUAGAUUACACCCAAGAGAAUAACAUUUUGUGAAGAGAAUCACAGACCUUUUGCAUGGCCUCUUUUCUACUAUGAGUCAGUGUUGUGAGUCAUAGUGCUGAUCUUUUGUUUCAGUGUCGCCCACAAUCCUGGACUCUGGCCAUCCAUCUGACCUGAGUGCCCCAGUGGGCGAUGAGCUGACUCUGGAGUGCAGAGUGACAGGGACACCCACACCCCACCUCAGCUGGCUGAAGAGUGGAGCCACUCUGGAGGGCUCAGACACCCAACAGAUAGAGUGAGUCCAUCUCACUUACAAUUGCCAGCCUAGGUAUGUGUAUCAGUGUUAUUCUCUUAACAGGGUUCGACAUACAGGGCUGCCUGCUGGCCCGGGGAGGUUUUGGAAACCCUCCGGCCCAGUCGAGCAUCCCCAUCAGUGGCCCGCUUGGGCCAGUGA